GUUAAGGUCCCCCCCAUGACAACAGUUAAACCAAUUUUCAUUUGACUAGACAAAAGAUUCUGCCCAUCAAAGUACAAUGUACAUUGCGACACAAAUGGCAGAAUACGCUACAUAAUGCCUGCUAAAACACAGUUUAGACCAACAGGAUUUCUUUUCACCUAGUAAAAAGUUCUGGGACAGACUUUUAUAAGAUAACUUCCUUAUGAAAAUACGGCAGAGUACAUAUUUGGCAGAAAUGGCAGGGGGAGGAUGCCAUGUGAAAUAAAGAACGAGGGACGCUUAAUAUUUAUUCACCAGUUGUGACGCUAAAGGGGAGCAAGCAGGUGAUGGUAAAUUUAAGCUCUCCUUCCUGCCUACUGCUUCUGUAGGAUAGUAAAGGUAAAGGGACCCCUGACCAUUACGUCCAGUCAUGACCGACUCUGGGGUUGCAGCGCUCAUCUCGCUUUAUUGGCUGAGGAAGCCGGCGUACAGCCGAUGUACAUGUGGCCAGCAUGACUAAGCCGCUUCUGGCGAGCCAGAGCAGCGCACGGAAACACUGUUUACCUUCCAUUUACCUGGCAGGAGCAGGGACUGAGCAACGGGAGCUCACCCCGUUGCGGGGAUUCGAAACGCUGACCUUCUGAUCGGCAAGUCCUAGGCUCUGUGGUUUAACCACAGAUAACAAGCCUCAUAUAACCAACAUAAAGGUAAAGGUAAAGGUACCCCUGCCCGUACGAGCCAGUCUUGACAGACUCUAGGGUUGUGCGCCCAUCUCACUUAAGAGGCUGGGGGCCAGCGCUGUCCGGAGACACUUCCGGGUCACGUGGCCAGCGUGACAAAGCUGCAUCUGGCGAGCCAGCGCAGCACACGGAACGCCGUUUACCUUCCCACUGGUAAGCGGUCCCUAUUUAUCUACUUGCACCCGGGGUGCUUUCGAACUGCUAGGUUGGCAGGAGCAGGGACCGAGCGACGGGAGCGCACCCCGCCGCGGGGAUUCGAACCGCCGACCUUUCGAUCGGCAAGCCCUAGGCGCUGAGGCUUUUACCCACAGCGCCACCCGCGUCCCGCUAACCAACAUACUUAAGUCUAAUUAAUGCAUACUGAGUUUAAUGCAUGAAGGGAUUAAUACCAUAGAGUAAGCCAUCUGUCAGGCAUAUCUCUGUCCAAUUCCCUAUUGGUCUCCCCCAGUCUACCUGAGAAGCUCAGAAUGUGAAGAGGCUCAGCUAGUUGCUCCGGCUUAGCCAGCCACUCUUCAGUUCCUAUGACAAUAAUUUAGGAACUUUCACCAUGGUAACUGAGCCAAGCUUCACUGACCGUGCAACUUUUCUGACUGAUGUAUGGAAAAGCACACGAACCUGACCUUUGGAGAGUUUGUAAGUACACUGGUACCUUGGGUUAAGAACUUAAUUCAUUCUGGAGGUCCGUUCUUAACCUGAAACUGUUCUUAACCUGAGGUACCACUUUAGCGAAUGGGGCCUUCUGCUGUUGCAGCGCCGCCGGAGCACGAUUUCUGUUCUCAUCCUGAAGCAAAGUUCUUAACCCGAGGUACUAUUUAUGGGUUAGCGGAGUCUGUAACCUGAAGCAUAUGUAACCUGAAGCAUCUGUAACCCGAGGUACCACUGUAAACCAAUUUUUAACUUGCCAAGUGUGUGGUCUUUUCCUACACUGGGAGAAGAGGGGAGUUUUGGAACUCACAAGGGCAUAUUUAAAGGUUUAAAGUAAAGGACCCCUGACGAGGGAUAGCAGGAAUUUGUGGUGCGCCUGGAUAGCUUUGCUAUGGUCCAUAGUGAUAGUGCUUAAGCUCCUGCUUCUUCUUAAUCACUUUGCUGUUGCUUAAAGGUAAAGGGACCCCUGACCAUUAGGUCCAGUCGUGACCAACUCUGGGGUUGCGGCACUCAUCGCGCUUUAUUGGCUGAGGGAGCUGGCGUACAGCUUCCGGGUCAUGUGGCCAGCAUGACUAAGCCACUUCUGGUGAACCAGAGCAGUGCACGGAAACGCCGUUUACCUUCCUGCCGGAGUGGUACCUAUUUAUCUACUUGCACUUAGACUUGCUUUCGAACUGCUAGGUUGGCAGGAGCUGGGACCGAAGGACGGGAGCUCAAUCCGUCGCAGGGAUUCGAACCGCCGACCUUCUGAUCGGCAAGUCCCAGGCUCUGUAGUUUAACCCACUGUUUUCCUACACUGGGAUAAAAGGGGAGUUUUGGAACUCACAAGGGCAUAUUUUAAAGGUUUAGCAGCCUACAUUUCCAAGCCUUACUUGCAAGUUUUGUGAUUUUAAAUCUCUGCUAGGGCUCUCACCAAAGAGUACUUGCCCCAAACCUGGAUCUUGACAUCCAGGGAAUUCUCCUUUUAUAUCUAUUUUUUCAAUUGAACAGCUUCACAGUAAAGUAUGACCCCCCACCACAAGUCAGAGCCACCCACAAUUUCCAUAAUAAUUUAUCUCCAAUCCAAAUAGUUACAAAUUCCUCACAGGCUACAUGAGGGCAAAAACCCUGUCGCGUAGUCUAAGGUUCAUGUUUGGAAAUGCUAGUUUUUGGCACUGGCAGGAUUCCACUCAUCCCUCGUACUUUCAGGACAGCCUGGCAUGUGAAAGACAGGUGCCAAGCAGGUGCGUUGAUAUUACGCUCCUUGGUACAUAUGGAUUGGAGAGGAUUUGGGAGGAAACAGAAAUUCCCUGUGUUGUCUUAUUUGCCACAUGUCUAGAAUGGAAAUAAACCCAGCAAGUACAACAGUCCACAGAAAGGAUAGGCAACUGAUGAGUUUUUUCCCCUUCAUUUAAUUUUCAUUUGAUUUGCACUGAAAUCAACAUUGCAGAACAAUGUAAUUCAGUGGGUAAAAUUCCACCCCAGUGGACAGCAUGCAGCACAUUUUUUUUUGUCUGAAGCCAAACUGCAGCAGAACGGAAACAGCACUGCAAGUGGCAAACAUGGGUCCGAAUGGAUAUCAGUGUCUCCUUACAUCAUUCCUUUCCUAGACAUUCUCAAGGAAAUGUGCAUCACUCCCUGAGAACUGUGGUGGUAGAAUAAUUAGCUGUGAAUCCGAGGCUAAGAUGAUACAGUGGCACCUUGGUUUUCAAACUUAAUCCGUUCUGGAAGUCUGUUCCAAAACCAAAGCAUUCCAAAACUAAGGUGCACUUUCCCAUAGAAAAUGAUGCAAAAUUGAUUAAUCCAGACUUUUAAAAACAACCCCUAAAACAGCAAUUUAACAUGAAUUUUGCUAUCUAACAAGACCAUUGAUCCAUAAAAUGAAAGCAAUAACCAAUGUACUGCAGUCACACAAUCAAUCAGGAGCUGAACCGGGUUCCACACAGUCACAAAAAAGCCGCAAAAACAAAAACGCAAAAUAAAUAACAAAGACAGACCUCAGCGUAACACUCAAAACGGAAGUGUGGCACUCAAAACGGAGCGCAUUCGGCUUCCGAAAAAGGUUCGCAAACCAGAACACUUACUUCUGGGUUUGCAGUGUUUGGGUUCCAAGUUGUUUGAGUACCAAGGCGUUUGAGAACUAAGGUACCACUGUACUGGCUCUGAUCCAAGGAACUGGAGCAUCUGCAGCGGGACUUUGUCACCCACCUCUGAUCUGUUGCAGCCUCUUCUGCCUACCAAAAAGAGGGUCAGGUUUCACUUGGUCACGGAGCGCAAAGAAUUGGAAAUUGGCUAAAUCAGCACACGUGCCGAGGUACACACCCACAGCUAAGUAAUGCUGAACUUAAUUGCUUUAUAUGGUGGGAGGGCUAUUUAAAGAGAAACAUUUUUUUACUUCAAAAUGUAUUUGGGCACCCUUCUGCUAUUUGAGGCCUUAGAUCAGGCAUCCCCAAACUCAGCCCUCCAGCUGUUUUGGGACUACAACUCCCAUCAUCCCUACCUAACAGGACCAGUGGUCUGGGAUGGUGGGCGUUGUAGUCCCAAAACAGCUGGAGGGCCGAGUUUGGGGAUGCCUGUCUUAGAUGCUUGCUCUGAAGUCUUUUCCUGUGGGUAUCACUGACACAUCCUGCAGCAUCUCCCACUCAUACAAGGAACCCUCUGGAUCCAAGCAGUGGCGGAGAGCAGGCGGGGGCGUGGCUGGCGUGCGUCCCGGGGGCGUGGCGCCCAGCAGAGGGGGGGGCAGCAUCAAUGGCACCCCACCAUGAUCAAGGUACUGGGGGCGAUGCGCUCCCCCCAACCCCCUCUUCCUCCACCAGUGGAUCCAAGCCAUAAUUUUCUUAAAAUAUUCCUUUCCACAUUCGUCAGGGCUUAUUCUUCUCCAGAAGCAGAGCAAAAUGAUGUACUUUUACAGGCUGGCAAAUGAAACCUAAUUCAGCUCAGUUUCAGCCAGUCGCACGCACACCCGCAAGAAAGCCUGUGGAUAUCAUGCUAAAAAUGACAUCCAUCUGCACUAAUAGAUAGUUUGGGGAUAUAGCAUUGUGUUUAUUAGUUUUAGUAGAAAACCUUGUUAGGUCUGCAGCGGCUAAUUUGGCAGAGAAACAGAUGGUUUCAGUUCAGAGCAAUGAAAUAUGAAUAAAACAAUGCAGCAGCAACAAGAUGGAAAAUGUAGUUAAGAGAGCAGAAAUAAUAGCAGAUAUAAAUUUAUACACACAAAUAUCUGCAUUUACUCCUUUGGGGACGGGGCGCUUCCAAUCGCUUGUUGCCUUGCAGGUGCUAUUUUGAGAGAGGUGUGUGUGUCUCACAAUCAUUCACUUUUUAAAAGUUCUGUCCUAUUUAUCUGCCUGACAACAGUCUUCCAAGGCAGCCGUCUUGAUUUUCUGGCAAUAACAGGAAAAUUACACCUAAUAAAAGCUGGAUCUAGAAACAUCAAAGAAGCGUUUCAGUUCAAAGCAUUGUAAAUGCAAACAGGGAAAACGGGUAGAGAAAACUGGACGCCACAUCGCCAUCUGGUGACGCAAUGUUAUAUCACACAUACAACGCAUAUAAAUUGCUUUUUCUUCACCAGUCUAGCUGAGUCCAAAGGAUUUGGGCAGGAGUUAGAGGUCCUGAGGGGGCUGGGGAUGCAAAAUGUUUCCCUACCCACAGUGCUCUUCAAGGUUGGAUCCUCCUCCCUGACCAUUGGCUAAGCUGGCAGUGGAUGAUGGGAAUUGUAUUCCAACAAUAUCUAAGCAACCAAGCUUGAAAAGCACUGCUGUAGAUGUUGCUGACACCGCUCUUUCCUGAUUCUACAAAGGCUGGUGGCACCUAAUGUUUUCAUCCCUGCAGAAAGUUUAUGUCCUCACCCAAGUAGCAGCAGAGUCUGCAGCUUUUGGCUCUUGAUUGCAGCAGCCAUGUUUUUAUUUCUCCCUCAAUGUUCUACUUCGUCACACACAGCCUGGUUUUAAAGGCCCCCCCCCCCCAAUAUUAAUCUGGGACGCGGGUGGUGCUGUAGGUUAAACCACAUAGCCAGGGCUUGCUGAUCAGAAGGUUGGCGGUUCGAAUCCCCGCGACGGGUUGAGCUCCUGUUGCUCAGUCCCUGCUCCUGCCAACCUAGCAGUUCGAAAGCAUGUCAAAAUGCAAGUAGAUAAAUAGGUAGCACUCCAGCGGGAAGGUAAAUGGCGUUUCCUUGCACUGCUCUGGUUCACCAGAAGCGGCUCAGUCAUCCUGACCACAUGACCCGGAAGCUGUACGCUGGCUCCCUCGGCCAAUAAAACGAGAUGAGCGCCGCAACUCCAGAGUCGGUCACGACUGGACCUAAUGGUCAGGGGUCCCUUUACCUUUAAUAUUAAUCUAGUCAAAUAAUUAUUUAUUUUUCAUCAAACAUCAGUUUUGGAAGGGAAAGUUUUGCAAGAGGUGGGUUGCACUCUCAUUUACCUUUUUACCUGUGCCCACAACCCCAAGACUGAUUGACCCUCCUGCGGCUGCUAUUGGCAUUUCUUAAAAGGACUCGUACAACAUAAAGUGACACAUUUAGGGUCACCUGCACCCAUUUAUUCUGUGAUGUUUAGGACUACCACUCCCAAACAUCUGUGCCAGCUGGAGCUAAUAGUUCUAAACAUCUGCAGGACAUCAGCUUGAUGAAGGCUGCUUGAGAGAACCACAUUUCUAAAACUACAGUAUAGUUCUUUUCACAAGCUGGCCCGCUCUCCCUUUUGUUGCUUGCAUGUGAACGGUGGUCCAAGCAAGUUGGAGAAUUCACCAUCUCUGCCGGACUUUGUUUACAUGCUUCUUUGUAUUUCUGUAGAACUGCUAUAGUGACACCUAGUGAUACAGAGAAAAAAGCCAGUUUAUUAUUUAGACUGGUAGCGUUACAACUUACGAGAACCAUUUAUGUAACUGGUCUCUAUUGGAGUUGUGAAACUAAACCAAUAUCCUUUAUUAAAUCAAAAAUCAAAUUAUAUGAUUGUCAUUUGCAGGCAGAAUCUGUCGCUUCCUCACCACAGUUCUGCGAUCCUAACCUCUAUCUCUGGAAUCUUACUGGCGAUGGACUUUUCUACCAGGUGAAGGGAGUGAAACUGAAAACCCGACCGGCUCAAUGUACGGAUUUUGUUACCAUUAAAACGCAACUUGACCUGCUGUCCAAAUUGAAAAUCACCCAUUAUAGAUUUGCACUGAAUUGGUCCCUGCUUCUGCCUAGCGGCGAUUUGAAAUCCAUCAAUGGCCAAGUCCUUCGUUACUAUCGAUGCGUGAUCAGUGAGCUGCUCAAACUCAACAUCAAGUCUGUGGUCACCUUAUAUUAUCCAACUCACCGCUCCUUGGGGCUGCCUGGUCCUUUAGUCCAGAAUGGUGGCUGGUUGAACCAGUCCACCGUCCAGGCUUUCCGAACCUACGCAGAGAUGUGUUUUCGGGAGCUUGGGGACUUGGUUAAAUUCUGGAUCACAAUAAAUGAACCUAAUCGACUCAGCGAUAUUUAUAACAGCGGCAGUAACCACACCUAUCAGGCUGCCCAUAAUCUAUUGAUAGCCCAUGCCUCAGCUUGGCAUGUUUACGAUAAACAAUAUCGAUCCAUGCAGCAUGGUCAGAUCUCUUUAUCUCUGCAUUCUGAUUGGGCAGAACCUGCCAACCCAUUUGUGGACACCCACUGGGAAGCUGCCGAGAGAUUCCUUCAGUUUGAAAUAGCUUGGUUUUCCGAUCCGAUCUUUAAGACGGGGGACUAUCCUGCAGCUAUGAGAGAAUACCUCGACUACAAGAAUAGCAGAGGGCUCUCUAGUUCUUCCCUGCCGUAUUUCACAAAGGAAGAGAAGGAACUUGUGAGAGGGGCUGCCGAUUUUUACGCGCUCAAUCAUUUCACCACGCGGUUUGUGAACCACGAGUCGAAAAACGGAAGUCGGUAUGACUUUGAUCAGGACGUUCAAUUUCUGCAAGACAUCACCUGCCUAAACUCCCCAUCUCGCUCAGCGGUCGUGCCUGCCGGCUUACGCAAAAUCCUAAACUGGAUUAGAAAACGUUAUGGCGACCUAAAUAUCUACAUCACGGCAAACGGGAUAGACGAUCAGUCUUUAAUUGACGAUGGACUUCGUAAAUACUACAUUGAAAAAUAUGUCCAGGAGGCCUUAAAAGGUGAGUGGAUGGUAAAAGAUGCUAAACUAGAAGAGACACAUAAUGUGUUUUUAUCUUGUAUUUUUAUGCUGUGAACAGCCCCGAGAUCUACGGAUGAAGGGCGGCAUACAAAUUUAAUAAACAACAACACAGCUGUUCUGCUAGCACAGCAAACUUCUGCAAUGGUACUUUCCCCUCCUCUUCCCCAGUAGUAUAGGGGACUCAGCUACAUUAGUAAAGAAGCAGCGAUUUGAAUGCGCUAUAAACAUUUAACACCAGAUGGCGCCAAAGAGCAGGAAAUUUUAAAAUGUGAUUUUUCCAUAGAGAUUCUUUUGUUAUAACUAUCUAAUUUCUGAUUUAUUUAUAGCGGGGGUUUCCCCCCCUGUGUCUAGAUCCACCCCAGAUGUCCCAUUUUUCUGCUCUUUUAAGUUACCCAAAAUGCUAUGCCCUGCUUCAUAGGUGUCAUAGAGCUAUAGUCCAAGCAGGAUUAUAAUUUAAGGCGGCAAGCAGCCACUAUUGAUGGGAGCUGAACAUAGCUCUCGUUCAAAUGCUCCCCCACCUGCCCACCGCUGAAGUAAGGGCAGUGAAAUCGUAGCCAAGAAGCUCAAAGCAUAUAUAUGACUGACACCCUUCUCUGAAAAUUAAACCAAUGCCCAGGCUUUAACAUUCAAAAACUGUGCUUGCAGAAACUCCAAGCUAUAGAGGAAUUAAAGCAUAAUAUUUACAGUCACAUGCUUCUAAGCAUGGGUUUACAGACUUUCUCUCUAACUUCCUAACAACUUUAUUUCCCUCCCUUUCCAGAGCUCAAUGUAUCUCAGGCCUUGCCUUGCAGUUCCUAUGAGAGAUUUCCGCUUUUACCUUCUCCUACAGCUUUGCUCUCUUUCUUUCAAGCCGAGAAGCAGCGCUGCAACGCUCAAUUCAACUUAGCAGUGUUCACAGUAUUUCUAAAACACAGCCAUCUUGCUUCACAUAAAAUGGGAGUCUCUCCUUCACCGGAUACCUCCCAGGUGAUUAACGUUAGCCAAUCACAUGAGAACUACUAGAGAACUCUCUAGAAUUCAGCUCCCAACUGAGCAAAUUUAAACACAUAGCAAUGCAUACAAGCAUUUGCAAUUUCUGUGAAUUCAUUUACUGUACUUAACGUGAAGCAUUUCCAGAGACAAUUGGAAAACUGCUACCACUACAGGAAGGGCUGUUUCUAUGGAGGGGCCUGUUUGGAGGAAGGCAUCCAAUCAACAUGCCAAGCCUCCCCAAUCUGUUUUAAAUACUAUAAAAGCAUCCUUUUGCUUCACAGUCGGGCAACGCCGUUUAACAGUGAAUAAUUCGCUUAUUUCUUGUCGUUUCCAGCUUACCACAUUGACAAAGUCAACGUCCGAGGCUAUUUUGCGUUUAAACUCGCCGAUGAAAAAUCGAAACCCAGACUGGGCUUCUUCACCCACGAAGCCAAGGCCAAGGCGUCCGUUCCGUUCUACAACCGUCUCAUUAGCCACAACGGCUUUCUCUUGGAGACUGCAAACAACAUCUGUGACCAGCCAGAGGAAGAAGCAACCUGCAUGUUCUGCCUGCUUCUAGUGCAGAAAAAGCCGCUUGUGUUCUUUGGGUGCUGCCUUUGCUCGACUCUCAUCUUGCUCUUAAGCAUUAUUGUUUUCCACAAAAGGAAAAGGAGAAAAUGGUAUUGGUCGAAAAAUAUGGAAUACAUGUGCGUUCCUGUCAAAAGUAGACACAGGGAAGUUCUCCACCAGAUAUAGAGUGGUCUUUUUUCCCCUGCAUGUGAAUGUCAACGGCGAGGAUAAGUUAUUGAAAGCACUCCAAAUCACUCCACCAAGAUACUUAGCAAAAAAAUGCUGCUUUGCAUGAGAAUUCCCAUGAUAGUCGAUUCAGGAUUGUUAUCAAGAAUUCUUGUUCUGUGUUUAUGCUGUCAGGGAAUCCCAGGUUGUUUACUUGUGUGUUCAUGUUUAUCAUAAAGUCAUUCAGAACUCCAAGUCCCUUGCUUUUACAUCAACGUACACCAUGAAAAGACACGGCGAAAAGAAAUGAUACAAGAGUGUCUAGCUUCCUUUCCAACGUUUUUUCCCUCUUCAGAGUAAGACUUGAUUACAUAAAGGAAGUUUUAGCUGUUGUCAGGCCUGAACAUCUCAGGAGGAGAGCAGGGACAGCUUUAUACGAAGGACUUCAAAAUGGUGGUAGUCCAAUAUAUUUAAUUACUUAGUUAAGCAUAAAUGCUUUCCUUUUGUAACCUAGUACAGCGACGGAACUAAUUUGACAUGAAAAGGUUCGCAAUUUGUGAACUUUUACAGAAAUGUCUCAAAAUUUGUGGCGCUAUGCCUGCAGCUGUUGUGGAUUGCAGGUGUAACAUUUGCACACUUUCGUUUUGCUUGUUUUGGCUUGCGGAAGCUCCAGUAGGGCAGCUACCCUAUCUAUCACACGACUAGUCUUCAUGGUUGUAAACGAAAUGCUAAAAGCUGUAUUAACGGCACCUCAAAAACAUGUCCAGAGCAUGUGAUUGCAGCAGCGUCUCCUUCAAGCCCAGGUUGUAAAUGAGAAAGGCCUGACAUAUAAUACCUCUGUUAUGUCUACUUCAGCUCAAAAGAUAUCAGGAAUCUUAAAGGAGAGGAGGCUCGCAAUAGGGAUGUUUAAGUUGGUCUGAAAUACUUUAGCAGUUGAAUAUAGGGGGUGAUUAGACUGGAAAGCCCUCUGUGUAUUUAAGAUUUUCAUAUACAUACCAACUGCAAUUGCAGUUCCAAGUCUUUAUGCAGCCAAAAAAAACAGCACCAUCUGCACAUAAGGGUGGGUGGAGUAUUAGCAGGCUGGAGGGGGUAUACAAAUAAAUAAACUGGAAAACGCUCCUGAGAGGGCCACCUCCCGAUCUUCCAAAAUGGAAAACUAGGGGCUAGGGAAGAGGAGAAAUGGAAUCGUGAACAGAAUCACUUUGCAUUGCGACAUCUUGUUGCAGGCCCCACUUGUGGAGACCAUACUAAAAAUGACCAUAGUUGUUUUUUGGGGGAAAUCCCGUAUUAGCGAGAAAUGCCAACCUUCCUAGGACACAGCCAUAUUUGUGAAGCAUGAACUGCAACACUUUUCUAAAACGAAAUUGGGAAAUAUUGGUGUAUUUGUGCUUUUCAAAGUUUCCUUCCUUUUCACAUAGGAUGAUUCUGUUAUAUAUAUAUUUUCGCCAAUGGCCAUUAUUUAAAAGCUGGGAUACAUUCUAGGCUGUUCAGGAUCAAAUCGGCACAAAUACAGCUUUUUUUAAAAAAUAAACUGACCCACUUUGUUGUGCACACCCUUUUAUUUAAAAAUAAAAGGCAUGCUCUGUGGAUCAAUGAACUAUAUAGUUAACAGUUAUGAGAUGUGUAAACCACACAAACCUUUAUCCAUAUUAAAACUUUCAGUGCACACAAGUGGUCCUGCUCUGAAUCUGUCACUCUUUGAUAUGCACGUUACCCAUGAAAGUCUUAUUUUUGCAAGCUGCAGAAAUGUGUUGAGUUCCCCGUGCCUAAAAAAAAAGCCAAUAUGCUUCUUCGAAAGUAUUUAAAGAGAUACUAAGUGGGUGCAUAUUGCAGAACCUGGCGUACAACUUGUGGGACAGAGCCAACAUUUAAUACUGGGGGGGAGUAAUCAAAUGCCCUGGGGCUGCAUUUGACCUCCAGAUCCAUGUGCAGCUGAGGUUUGGGAACCGUCCAUCAGACCAAGUAAGCACAGCCAAUGAUCAGAGACAAUAGGGGAUGCAAAUCCAGAAACAUCUAGAGGGCCACAGGUUCCCCACCCCUGCUGCAGCACGUCCUCUUUGUCCUGUACCUCCCACUGCUGCAACUAUUGGGGGUGUGUGGAUAUGAAUUGGAAUUGCAGCCAGGGAUGGACAGUUAAAUACCCCCAAUAUAAUUUAGGCCCUAACAGGUACCUCCGCAACCUCACCCUAAAUAAAGUGCACAUGGCUGUUUCGGCAGGCAGCUGAUGAGGGAAAGGUUAUUCACACUUUCCCUGUGUGCUGUGGGACCUGGGUGGCGCUGUGGAUUAAACCACAGAGCCUAGGACUUGCCGAUCAGAAGGUUGGCGGUUCGAAUCCCCCGACGAGAUGAGCUCCCGUUGCUCAGUCCCUGCUCCUGCCCACCUAGCAGUUCGAAAGCGCAUCAAAGUGCAAGUAGAUAAAUAGGUACCACUGCGGUGGGAAGGUAAAUGGUGUUUCCGUGCGCUGCUCUGGUUCGCCAGAAGCAGCUUAGUCAUGCUGGUCACAUGACCCGGAAGC